AUGCGUCAUCUCCCGGCGACGGGAAAAUCGUGGAGGAACCGAUACGGGACGAACGGAGGAAAAGGGGGAAACGGACGACGGGACGAAGACAGCAAGCGCCGGCGGAAUCGGGCAUGGCUAGUCAGGUGGAAGGAAGCGAGAAAUUUCCCUCGGAACCGCUUUCGCCGCGACCGGUGCCCUCCCACGCGGGUCCCUACGACUCGCGAACGGCCAGGACUCCUCGGUUCGUGUUUCAAGACGGGUCAGGUGGGUUGCCGAUGCACCUCGCGGACCCGAGUUGACGGGCGGCACAGUCAGACGCCGACCUACCGCGCCGGCAAAUAUUAUUUCCCGCGCGCCCAGAUUUUGCGUCCGGACGCGGAGAAGACGUCGCGACGAGACGACAUCACGCACCGGCGCGGGAAUCGACGCGGCCCCGUCAGUUUCAAAAGCUCCCGCGAACACUGUCCCUCGCGCGCCCGAGACGGUGGGGGUAGCCUGAGGGCGCGGGACCCGCGGCGCGGAUCGUCCGACGAGAAGAAACUGGUUCGCCACGUGUAUCGGAUCGCAUUUUCGUUUCCUCGGUCCCCGGCAGAAGGGGGGCAGUACGCGUCUAACCACGCAACCACUGUCCUAAGUUUCUAUUAUAUCUAUAGACUCAUUUGA